AUGUCUCAGUUUGUAAUUUUAAAAAUUGAACCAGUGGAAAAUAUAAUUGAGGAAUCAUACGCCGAAGUUGAAUCCGUGAGUCAUACUUCUGAACCAGGGAGCUUAACAAAUGAAGAGCUAGUUAACGAAACUUGCGAAAUUGUAGUCUCAGAUUAUGUAAUGCUUAAACCGGAUGAUGAUGUCGAUUGGAAUGAAACUGUUGAUGAGAUAGAAUAUGCUGCAAAAUGCAAACCAAAGCGAAGCAUGAAACCGUUGCUUAAGAAAAAGCCUGUUCAAAGUGAAGAUGAAUUGAAACGCAAAGAGCGAACCCUGUAUACGGUUAUCAAAAUUCCGCCACGUAGCCAUGUUUGUUGUGGCUGUUUGCAAAUAUUCACUUGCGCUGAAGAUUUGGAAGUCCAUCGUCAGACAAAUCAUGUUUGGAAAAAAGAGAGCCUAACGAAACCUAGCGAAAAAGUACUUUGCAACGGUUGCCUACGCAAGUACGACUCGACGUAUGGUGUGAACAGACACAAAAAGCGCGUCCGGGCGUUAAAAAAGAUUUGGGAAUGUAAACAAUGCAAUCUUCGAUUGAAAGUCCCCGGCAAACGGCGGGAGCAUCUUAAAACCCACACAGACGAUGAUCACGUUACCGUGAUAUCACAAUUCAAGGAAAAUAUAAAACAGGAACUUGCGGAAAUGAUCGCUCAUGCGCACGCAUCCCACUGGAUCGACAAGCAGCAAGCAAACCUAGAGUCCGGACAUUUGCCAGAACAAUGUCAGGUCUGCUACCGACGAUUUUCCAAUAAAGUUCGGCUAACCAGCCAUCAGAGACGGGUUUACCGUCAAAAGAACAUGGAGUGCCCUCAUUGUGAUGAAAAGUUCUCAUCUACUGUUCUACUGAAUAGGCACGAAUUAAAUGAACAUGGCAUCGGUACCGUUCAAUGUGAGAUUUGCGAAAAGACUUAUUCUAAUAAGUACACCUUGAGUAAGCACAUAGAACACAUGCAUACAAAUGACAAUAUCCAUCAGUGUAAUGUUUGCGGUUUAACAUUCAGACAGAGUGGUGGCUUGAAGAAACAUAUGUUGAAUCAUAUAGACGAUCGGGAGUACGAAUGCAAGAUAUGCUCAAAAACGUUCAAAGCGAAAUUGAACUUGCAACAUCAUAUGCGAAUUCACACAGGUGAACGUCCGUAUAAAUGUAGGUAUUGCGACCAUGCCUUCGCUCAUCAUACCAACUGUAGGAGACAUGAGAUGACUCAUACUGGCGAAAAGCCCCACAAGUGCUCACGUUGUGACAAAGCAUUUAUUUUAAAGCGAAUGCUAGUAGAACAUGAAAAAUCGCAUAUGUGCGACCAAUAGUGCAUUCCUAGUAAAUCCAUCGAUUCAACAUGUUACGCCUCCUUAUCUCGUGGAACAUCUAUCUGCAAUUUAUUUCCAUUUAUUUUACAUUUCAUUAAAUUUGUUAAAAAUUUGGAUUUAAUUUCAUUAUACAAUUGAUUCUGAGGUGAAUUUCAAAUUUA